AUGAUAAAUGGUCCAAGCUAUGAAGAACUAGUUAAGGAUUUCUGGGUUAGGGAAGAAGUCUAUGAUAAGGAAGCCGCUAAAAUGGAGGAAUUUGAGAAGAUAGCUGGUGAUGAGAGUCUGAAAGAGAAGAGAAAGGCUCAAAUGGGUUUGAAAGAGUUCAAAAGAAAUAGAUCAGCUCAAGCUGUAGGACAACAAUCGAAUGUUGGUGCUGGUGCAAAUGCUGAAGUUAGGAUGUUAGAGACUUUUUUGAGAAAUCAUCCACCAACUUUCAAAGGUAGAUAUGAUCCUGAUGUAGCUCAGAAGUGGCUCAAGGAGAAAGAGAUCGAGUUUCUUGAACUGAAACAAGGUGAUAUGUCGGUAACUAAGUAUGCUGCUAAGUUUGUGGAGCUUGCAAAAUUCUAUCCAUAUUAUACUGCUGAGACUACUGAGUUCUCAAAGUGCAUUAAGUUUGAAAAUGGUUUGCGUGCUGACAUUAAGCGGGCCAUAGGUUACCAAAAGAUCAGGCUAUUUUCUGAAUUGGUGAGUAGUUGUAGAAUUUAUGAGGAGGAUACGAAGGCUCAUUAUAAGGGCCACAAGAGUAAUGUAUGCAAUGAUGAGGAGAAGAAGUGCUUCCGAUGUGGAAAGAAGGGCCAUACGAUAGCUGAAUGCAAGCGUGGUCAUAUUGUUUGCUUCAAUUGUGACGAAGAAGGUCAUCUCAGUUCACAGUGUAAGAAGCCUAAGAAGGCUCAAGCAAGUGGAAGGGUGUUUGCUUUAGCUGGUACUCAGACAGCAGAUGGGGAUCGUCUGAUCUGA